GAAUAGAUACACGGCACGAAGUCCAAAACAAAAGACACCCAUCGUGUGUGUGUGUGCGCGCGCGUAGUUAGUUGAUAGACCAAACUUAGCUCAGCUGGAUAUCGUAUGCUCCGAAACCAAUGGCUAAUACUACUCCCCCCAAUAUUACAAACUCCGUUGGUAUCGGAAUCCGAAUCCGAAUCCGCAGCAAUUUAACGCCCCGACCCGCCUCCAUGGCCGCAUCUUCAGCUCUGUCAACUGCUGUCCGAAUACCAACCGGUCUAUUUGUCAUCAACUCCGGUUCGAGUCGACGUGGAGCCGCUCGAGUUGACUCAUUUAACGGUCAUUUGACUCGCGGCCGCGCCGGUGCGACCUCUUUAUCAACUCGAGCCUCCUCAGCUGCCGCUGCAACCGUGGAGCCGGUAGAAACUAGUUCUUCAGCUCAGGGUAUUGAGAAUUUGGUUAUAAUAGGAUCAGGUCCAGCUGGAUAUACAGCAGCAAUUUAUGCUGCUCGGGCCAACUUGAAGCCUGUAGUGUUUGAGGGGUUUCAAGCAGGUGGUGUACCAGGAGGGCAGUUGAUGACAACAACUGAAGUAGAAAACUUUCCUGGAUUUCCUGAGGGGAUAACUGGCCCUGACUUAAUGGAUAGGAUGAGGCGACAAGCUGAGAGAUGGGGAGCUGAAUUGUAUCAGGAAGAUGUGGAAUUUAUUGAUCUGAAGAAUACUCCUUUUACUGUCCAAAGUAGUGAACGUAAGGUAAAGUGUCAUAGCCUUAUUGUGGCUACAGGAGCCAAUGCAAAAAGGUUGGGAUUGCCCCGUGAAGAUGAAUUUUGGAGCAGAGGAAUUAGUGCUUGUGCAAUUUGUGAUGGAGCAUCACCAAUUUUCAAGGGUCAGGUCCUUGCUGUUGUUGGAGGUGGUGAUACAGCUACAGAGGAAGCAAUAUACUUAACAAAGUAUGCACGCCAUGUCCAUUUACUUGUCCGCAAGGACCAACUAAGAGCAUCAAGGGCAAUGCAAGAUAGAGUUUUCAACAAUCCAAACAUCACUGUGCAUUUCAACACUGAGACCGUGGAUGUCGUCAGCAACCCUAAGGGCCAGAUGUCAGGAAUUUUGAUCAGAAAAGCUGAUACUGAGGAAGAAUCCGUGAUUGAGGCAAAAGGCUUGUUUUAUGGUAUAGGUCAUUCACCAAAUAGUCAACUGUUGGAAGGCCAAGUUGAACUUGAUAGCUCAGGCUACAUAUUGGUCAAGGAGGGAACGGCAAACACUUCUGUGGAAGGUGUAUUUGCAGCUGGAGAUGUACAGGAUCAUGAAUGGAGGCAAGCCAUCACUGCAGCUGGCUCAGGAUGUGUAGCUGCUCUAUCAGUGGAGAGAUAUCUCACAAGCAAAAAUCUUCUUAUUGAAUUUCACCAGCCCCCUACUGAAGAAGUUAAGAAGGAACUCACCGAGAAAGAUGUCCAAGAAGGUUUUGAUAUAACACUUACAAAGCAUAAGGGCCAGUAUGCUUUACGGAAAUUGUACCACGAGAGCUCAAGGAUUAUUUGUGUACUAUAUACAUCACCAACAUGUGGUCCAUGUAGGACCUUGAAACCGAUUCUUAGCAAGGUCAUCGAUGAAUUUGACCAGCAUGUACACUUUGUUGAAAUUGAUAUUACUGAAGAUCCAGAGAUUGCUGAGGCAGCUGGAAUUAUGGGUACUCCAUGUGUACAGUUUUUCAAGAAUAAGGAAAUGCUCAGGACUGUAUCAGGUGUCAAAAUGAAGAGAGAGUAUAGGGAGUUGAUUGAAGCAAAUAAAUGAAGGCUUUUUUGGUUAAAUCUUUGUCAAAUCUCCAUUUUUUCAGUUGAUUUUUCUAAUGCAUGGUACGCAAAUCAAUUUUUCAAAAGGGUUAAAUGAACAACCGCCCAAUACCUUGUAUUAGCUCAAUAACAAGUAGCAUUCUUACAUCGAAUGUUCUGUGUGUCACAAAUUUUCUAAAGCGCAAGAAACUGAGAUUACUUUCCCUUC